AGACCAUCGAAAAACACUAUUUUGUUUAUGAAAGAAUUGUCGAUAACAUUUCCUCACAUUUUUUAUGAACCAAGAUUGGAUCAUUCGAUUGAAUUUCUCAUGAGCAAUUCUGUGCAGAAUAAUUUUUCCACUUUUAUCUUAAUCGAAGAGGGAAUAGAUAAACACCCUAAGUAUAUGUUCAUAUCAACUUUGCCAAACGGCCCCACGGCGAAAUACUCCCUCACCAAUGUUUUAUAUGCACACAAAAAGAAGACAGACAUUGAAAUAACGACUUUGCCACCGGAGAAGUGCGCACUGAACGAAAUUGGCCCGGCUUUCACCUUGCAGCUGCUUAGUCUUAAAGAUGGACUGAUUAACGAUAAGGAGAAAAUGUACGAGUUUGUGCUGCGCCCAGAUAUGAAGGUUAACAGGAAGAAGAUGUACUUGUAA